AUGUUACCAGUUUCUCGACCUGACAGCCAAAUGAGUUUCAACUACAUCCCGACCUCCCAACCCAUGUCGGGGGCCUCGACUGGGCGCAGCUCGCCUAGCGAUUUGGCUGGAUCCGGAACUGCGAAAGCACCCUUUGGCUCUGCUGGAUCUAUCGGGGCUGCAAGACUCGGGGCUGGAUCCCCUUCUGAGUUGGGAACACGUCUUUAUAAGCGAACCCGCGAGAUUCAAGCACAAGAAGGUGUCUCCCCGAACAUCUGGGGUCCCCCGACUAGUGGACAUUCCACUCCGCUUCGUGAGAACAUCCCUGAGUCGCCUAGCCAGGAUAGCUUCCCCGACCUGAUUCCUACCUCCAAUGGCUCAAUCACCGGUUCUGGCCGCAGGGCUCGAGCUGGCACAGUCCCAUCUCGGUUCCCUCCUAUGGCGACACUCAACGAAUUAGACCUUCAGCAACAGUUCAUGUCUCAAACCUCCCGGCCCACACCUUCUACCAGUCCGUUCCGGCCUCAAGGUGUAUCUGGAAUUGAUACAGCACCGAAAGUUGCAAGCUCGGGCGCACCAAACCCUGCCAUGUUAUCCCGCCUUCGAGCUGGCUCGAUGCCGCAGAGGGGCGGCUUGCUUAAUUCGGGUAAUCCUUUCGGACCUUCAUUGUUCUCUUCGCAUUGGUCCACCGGUCGUGAUCGGGCAACAACCUUGAGCAGUAUUCGGUCCUCGGAAGAUCCCACAUCACCGAGUGUAUCAUCGUUCUCGCGAGAUGGACUUACCGAUUCUGAUAGAACAUUGGACUACCUUGGACUGGCAGAGACUCCCCAAUCUGCACGGGCAACCCUUUCGCACCCGUCGAUGGAGGCUCUCUUGCAGCAGCAGCAACAGCAGCAGGCUGGUUUACCCGGCCUUCUGGCUGGCAUGGAACUGAUGAAGAACAGCAACCGUUUCCGGUCCUACUCGGUUAACGCUAAGGAGAAGUAUGCUGACGACGAGGAUAUGGAAUACGAGAGUCGCUACUCUCAGCUUCCCUCUGGAUCGCUCAACCCCUCCGCCGCUGUGGCAGCCGCUCACCUUGCUCAGACCCAGGCCCAGAUCCAUCAGCACAACCUGGCAGUUCAAGCUUUUACAAACCACGCCUCUAUUAGCCGGCCGCGAGCACGCACUGCCGGUAUUCUUGAGGCCCCUCCCACUCGAUCGUCCAUUCGGAACUAUCUUGCAACCCCAUCCCGCCUCGACAACUCUUUCAAUGCCGAUGAUCUCAUGGUGGAAAAUGAAUAUGAUGACCUGUCGGAUGCUGUACUCGGACUGCGAUUAGACGCAAGUGGUGGCCCCGUGGCGGGUAUGCGGGGUGCUGGUGAUCUGGGAGACGAGAACAAUCAGGACGGACCGACACGAGCUCUGUGGAUCGGUAGCAUUCCUGUGUCGACAACUGUGACUUCUCUAGAGGCUAUCUUUGGUAUUUACGGCAAGAUUGAGUCAACUCGUGUGUUGACUCACAAGAACUGCGGAUUCGUCAACUUUGAGCGUCUGGAAAGUGCAGUCCAGGCAAAGGGCGUUCUAAAUGGCAAGGAGAUCUUCCCUGGUGCUGGUCCCGUUCGAAUUGGAUAUGCCAAGGUCCCUGGCGCCUCUGCUAGUGGUACCCCUGGUGCCAACGGUAUCCAGUCCUCCCCGACCCCCGACCCUGGCUUCAAGUCCAACUUCGGCCCCGGAGAUGGCCUGGAGCGGGCAGACACUACCUCUGUUCCUCAAAUUCCUGCUCUGGUUGACCUACUGCCGGAGAUGCUUGAGAUUGUUCAGGAGUUUGGCGCCAACGACGAAGAUUCACGUAACAUCAACAACACCAUUCAGAGUGCUAUCGCUUUCCAAGAUUUCCAGGAUGAGAUCCCUGCCGUUCCCGAGCCUAGCCAGACCCGGAUGUUCGAUGCCCCUCGCCUGCGUGAUAUUCGGAAGCGAAUUGACAACGGCGCUUGUUCCAUCCAGGAGAUUGAGGAAACAGCCGGAGCAAUGCUGCCUGAGAUCGCUGAACUGUCCUCUGACUACCUGGGCAACACUGUUGUUCAAAAGCUUUUCGAAUUCUGCUCCGAGUCCACGAAGGAGCAGAUGCUCACCCACAUCGCACCGCAUCUUGCUGAGAUUGGUGUACACAAGAAUGGAACUUGGGCUGCCCAGAAAAUUAUCGAUGUCGCCAAGACACCCACCCAGAUGAACAUGAUUGUUGACGCCCUUCGUCCAUAUGUUGUUCCACUUUUCCUUGACCAGUACGGAAACUACGUGCUCCAGGUCUGCUUGCAAUUUGGCGCUCCCUUCAAUAACUUUAUCUUCGAGACCAUGCUUAGUAGAAUGUGGGAGGUGUCUCAGGGUCGAUUUGGCGCCCGAGCCAUGCGGGCUUGCUUGGAAAGCCACAACUCAACUAAGGAUCAGCAACGAACACUCGCUGCUGCCAUCGCCCUCCACAGUGUACAGUUGGCGACCAAUGCCAAUGGUGCUCUCCUGCUCACCUGGUUCCUGGACACUUGUACAUUCCCCCGCCGCCGUACUGUUCUUGCCCCAAGAUUGGUUCCUCAUCUUGUGCACCUUUGCACUCACAAGGUGGCUUACCUCACCGUGCUCAAAGUCAUCAACCAGCGCAAUGAGGCCGAGGCCCGGGACAUCGUUCUUAAGGCAUUGUUCUUUAGCCCUGGUGAUGAAGUUCUGGAGAAGAUUCUUAGUGACCAGACCUCUGGUGCUACCUUGAUCUUUAAGGUCCUGACUACUCCGUUCUUCGAUGAAUCGAUGCGUGGUGAAGUCGUCAAGAAUGUUGCAAAGGUUUUGACCAAGUUGAAGGCAUCUCCAAGUCAAGGCUACAAGCGUCUGAUGGAUGAAGUUGGUCUCUCCUCCCGCGGUAAUGGUCGUGAGCAUCAUCAUGGACGCGACCAUGGUGCCAGCCACUCCUCCACCCCCGAGAAGCCCCACCGCCAGUCAUCCCGACAUGGAAGUACCAACUUUCCCCAGCAGCCCUCCAUGGAAAGACAGUACAAUGGACAGUUUCCUCCUAACAUGCUUCCCCACUCGGCGGACUCACGCUCCAUGUCCAUCGAUCAAAGCACCGCCCCACCUCUCGACCCAUACGCUAGCAACGGCCUUAAUGGUUUUGUAAACCCCUUGAAUGGGCUUGGUGGUGCUGCUGGCUUCCAGGAUCCAACGAACCAGCUUUCUCAACUACAGUACCAGAAUUACCUGGCCGCACAGGCUCGCGGAGUGUCUCCCGGUGGAAUCUACGGUGGCAUACCAGGAAACAACUUUGGCUACCCAACCGGAUCGCCAUCGGUUGAGAAUCUACGUUCUAUGCCAACUCAGCAGGCGCCACUGUCAGCGGGACCCAACCAUAUGCUUGGUCAGUCCAACUAUGGCCCGCAGCAGUUCAGCCCUGUGAUGGCUCCUGCCCAGCUCUACCAAUACCCUCCGCAGUUCUAUGCCCAGGCACAACCCGUGCAGGGACAACCUAGCGGAGGUCGACGUGGACGGCGCUGA